CUUGUUGGGGAAGGAAAAGCAGGGUAAAGGUUGCUUCGAGAGGCGAAGCAAAAAACUGGGAGAGUUGUGUUGAGCGAUCUCGCUUCCGAAGCAGCCAUGGCGGAACAACCUAAGUCCCCUCAGGCACCUAUUAGCCCCGUAAAAAACUUUUUCGCGGGUGGCUUCGGAGGCGUCUGCUUGGUCUUCGUGGGACACCCUCUGGAUACUAUCAAGGUCAGACUACAAACUCAGCCCAAGCCUUUGCCGGGACAGGCUCCUCUUUAUGCUGGGACCUUUGACUGUUUCAGAAAGACUCUUGUGAAAGAGGGCUUCCGGGGCUUGUAUAAGGGGAUGGCAGCCCCCAUUGUGGGAGUGACUCCCAUGUUUGCUGUGUGCUUCUUUGGAUUUGGCUUGGGCAAAAAGCUGCAACAGAAGACCCCAGACGAAAUCUUGACGGUCCACACAGCCAGGCCAUCCAUGCCCCGACACCUGCCUCGUGGCCACAACAGCAAUGCAGCACUGGGCCUCCUGCUCCGUUCUGGCCGCGAGCAAGCAGAAGUGGGUCGUCAGCCAUGUGGGCUCCUGCCGGACAUGGCUGCGGAUGUUCCAGCCAGUGGGAUGUACUUCAUGACCUAUGAAUGGCUGAAAAGGAUUUUGACGCCUCAGGGGCAGAGUGUCAGUGACCUCAGUGUACCCAGAAUCCUCUUUGCUGGAGGCAUGGCAGGGAUCUUCAACUGGGCUGUGGGAAUCCCUCCUGAUGUGCUGAAAUCACGAUUCCAGACAGCUCCUCCAGGGAAGUAUCCCAAUGGCUUCAGAGAUGUCCUGCGAGAGCUUGUUCGAGAGGAAGGAGUGUUGUCCCUGUACAAGGGAUUCACUGCUGUGAUGAUCAGAGCCUUUCCUGCCAAUGCAGCAUGCUUCCUUGGCUUUGAAGUUGCCAUGAAGUUUCUUAACUGGAUUGCACCGGGUUUUUGAUGACCAAGAAGGAACCCGAGGGCAAGGAAAAGAACUGCGUUGGUAAUUGCAUUGGAGGAGAAAAAAUCAGAAUUAUGAAAUAAGCUAUAAAGUGACUCGUUUUCUAUUAAUCUUUUUGCCUUAACGCUUUCUGCGUGGUGCCCUUUUACCGGUCGGAAUCUUGAGCCAAAUCUCCUUCUGUGGAGAAAUUCAAGAGGAGUUCACAAUCACAUCCUUGCCUUCUCAAUUCAAAAGUACCAAAGUGGUUAUGCUGUUGAUAGAAGACCUUGCUGCUAUUAACAAGUAUCAAUGUUUAAUUCCCCUCCCUCCCCUCCUCCCUCAUUUUCCUGUGGUGAAUAAAGGAAAAUGAUUUUAAUUUCCCUUUUUAUAUUAAUAAAAAAUGCAUUGCUGGUUAUGGUACCAAGGACAUUCCAAGAAGCCAUGGGAUGUUUGGAAUCGGCCAUAAUGCAUUUAAUUCUCAGGACAGAAUUUAAGUAAUAGAUAAUAUAAAAUACAUUUGAUUGCACUUACAGGUAUUUGGUGCUGUUUGCCAUGAUUUCUUGUCAGUUCCUGUGGAAUAAAUGGGAACAUCUGAACAGUUUUGUAUUUCUGUUGAAGCCUUAUUCACUCUAAUAGUCCCUACAUAUACAACACAGUUGUAUGUUUUGACCAUAUGAGCCUCAUUUUACUGCCUUGUGGCCUCUCACCCAAGAUGCAUGGCAUGCAUUUGCUUCUUUCUUAAUAUAAAAAGAAAGCCAGCUAGGAGAACAAUGCAAAAAUUAAAGAGCUUAAAGUCACCAAAUAUAGAUAAGUAUUAAAGCAGUGAAGAUCUGCUGUGUGUUUGUGUAUGAUAGAAAAACCUCAAAUAAGUGAACAGCAGAAACUGCGGGGUAAACCCCAAUCACUUUGGUGGAAUGGGCAGUCAGUAUAAAAAGGCCUUUCUCUAAACUCAGCUUUGGUCCUUUCUGGAUAACUAAUGAUAUCUUGGGAGGCAGGUUUACAAGAGGUGGGCAAUCUUCUUCUACAUAGCAUGCCAGAUUAUGUAUUUUGGUAUUCCUGGUACUUGGGAAUGUACUGCAAUGGUUCCAAAGCAAUUUGCGUUUUACCCCAGCAAGCUUCUAAAGUUGGAGAAGCCUGCAAUAAGAUAACUAACUACAAUGCCAUUUUGUUUUAAUGUGAUCCUCUCUCGCACUCAUAUAUGUGUUUUUAAGUACAUCCCAUGUACAAAGAGAAUAAACAGUGUUUACAAAAUGUUUCACUGGAACAUGCUUAGGACUCAAUAAAAGUUGUAUAUUGGUUUUCUUGUUUGUUUGGCAUCUUGAAAUAGCUAUAUCAGUACUGGAAACAUAUCUCUUUUUCAUAGCAUCCUGGCAGUUUGAAGAAAAGAGCCUUUAUCAAUGGGAAGGGGCUGAGAUACUGGUAUUUGUUAAAUUGUAUGUGUGAGUCCAGCAACAAAAAAUUGCAGAGUGGAGUGUUCAUAAAAAGUUUCAUACUUUUUUAUCCAUUUUAGAAGGAUAUUCAAUGCAUUACCAUCUUAAAUGGACACUGGAGAAUUACCUCAGUUUCCCAAACAAUAUCUGUUUGAGCUUUAUUGAAAUAUGCAAUUGUUUUGCUAUGUAAAAGCAAUCAGAUUCUCCAAAUAUUUAAAAGAGAGUCAUUGAAUGCAAUGAAGUUUGGUUCUACAUUCAACGAAGUAUGGUUUGGUUAAGUUUGGUUCUACCAUACAUUAUAAUAGGAUAAUUUAGUGAAGGGAGAAGUCUCUUGCCCUCAGUCCAAAUUCCAUUCUUUUGUAGCCCUCCCUUCAGACAGAAAGAAGGAUAAUUUGAUGUCAGGAAAAAAGAAACAUGAAGUCUGGUGGAUCAGGUCUUUUAAGGUGGUACGUUUUAUGUCAACUUUAUGAGAGAAAACUCUGGAGUUUGGAUUCUUUUUACAAGGAGCACUUUGAAAGGACGGGUGCAAGGUUUAUGAAUGGGCCUUUAUAUGUUGUCCCAAAGGUGUGUUUUCAAAAGGCUACUGGACUUUGUUUUUUCUUUGAAAAGCACCUUUGGGACAACCAUGAUCCGGAUUACUGAGAAUCUCCAUAGACAUGCCUCUGUAGGUUCCCUUCUGCAUUCAUAUCACUCCAUUCUUGAUUCUCUUGAAAAUACAGAAAGAGAAUAGUCUUCUCUUGGCUGUUGUAUUUAUUGCUGACUGAGUCAUUUGUUUUGCCUGAGAUAGAAUGGCUGUGUUGAUAUAGUUUGGGUUAUCUUUCAUCUACAGUCACUUAUUAAUUCACCAGCAUUGCUGUUAACUUCUCCUUGGUUUUUUUCUAUACUCAAGAUAAUCUAAAAUCAGUUUUCUCAAAAACACGCCAUCUACUGUGUCAGAUAAGGAGAAUGAAGUCUGUACUUCUGAUUUAUGAAAUGCCAAUAGCUGCCUUUAAAAUGCUAUUCCUAUCUAUAGUUUUUAAGUGGGGGGAAGGGCUCUUAAAAAAUGAAUAAGUUACCUCAUGAUGCCCAAUAGCAUAAGAAGAUGGUAGUUAGUCAUUGUUUCAAUUAUGUAAGAUGAAGUACUGAAUUGUCUUUCUCUGCAGCGUACUGCAUCAUUCAAUGCUUAGAUCAUCCAGAAAGAUGAGUAAUUCAUUCCUUCCCACUUUAAGAACAGCAAAUAGGAAGUUCCUGGGGGUAGGCUGAAAUCCAGCUCAAGUCUUAGAAUAUAUCUUGAGUGUCUUAUUUUUAGUUAGAAAUCUUUGUGAUACAGGAUUUCAUUAGUUUAAUCUGGAUUUAUUGACCCUGAAUAAAAUAUUGCUGGGGGGCGGGCUGUCCAUUGGAAGAGUUUCUUGAAUGAUAGCAGUGCUCAAAGUCCAUAUUCUAUGCAGUGGAACCAAGUUGCCUUUUACAUUGGCUGCCAUACCUUUGACAUAAAGCCAUAAAGUACAAAGCCAUUUGUGGGAUGUAUUUGGUUUUUGGACUAACAUGUUAUGUUAACUCUAACCCUUGUGGUUUGUUCAAUAACUAUGGUUAAAUAAAG